AGGAGCCACUUCGGCUCAGGCGAGGCAGCCAGCGGGGAUCCCCUGAAGGGGGCCCGCGGGGCGGCCCGGCGGCCAUGGCGGACCCUUUGCCGCCGCCGGCGGAGCCGGCCGCUGGCCAUGGCUCCGCGCCGACGACGCCCACGGAGUCCUCGCACGCUGGCGAGGACGAGGGCGGAGGGCCCAGCGCCACGGAGUCUGCCCUCAUGGAGAAGAACCUGACGACGUUUGAGGGCGACACCCUCGCCGAGGUCCUCGCCGCUGCGAUGGGCUCCGAGUGGGGCGAUGAGCAGGUCGCCGAGGCGGUGGCCCUCUUCGAGGGCGGCGACUUCCAAGGUGCGCGUGCCCUCGCGAACGAGGCGGCCUGCUCCCUGGGCAUGGCGCAGGGCGCGGAGGGCGACGGCCCCGACGACAAGCUCCGGGAGCCCGACGAGCCCGCCGCGGCCACGGUCCACGAGUGGCGGGUGGCCCUCGACGAGCUGGCGGGCGUCUACGACGACGCAGGCGACACGGACAGGGCGGAAGCCCUGUACCUGCGCAUCUUGGCCUGGCGCGAGGGCGUGGACCAGUACCGCGAGGGCAACUUCGGCGUGGCCGAGCACCUGUUCCAGAAGAGUCCCCACUAUCGGUCCGUGGAGGAUGCCACCUGGUUCCUGCAGGGCCUGCGGCCGGAGGACGGCCACGCGGUGGCGGAGGUCGUGGGGCUGCUGGCGCUCGGCGAGGAGGUGGCGGCCAAGGCCGCCGUCGGCGUCUGGACGCUCGCGCUGAAGAAGGAGAACCGCGAGCGCAUCGCGCGCAGCGGCGGCCUGGAGCUGCUGACCAAGGCGAUGCAGUACCACCUCGACAGCGCGGAGCUGCAGGCCGCCGGCUGUGGGGCGCUGCGGCUGCUGUCGGGUGGGCACUCCCUCGCGGCCGCCUGCCGCGAGGCCAUCGCCGAGCGGCUAGGCGGCGUCGCCCUGCUGCUCGCAGCCUUGGCGAGGCACCCGCUGGACGCCGAGGUCCAGCGCGAGGGCAUGGGCGCGCUCCAGGCGGUCGCCGCCAAGAGCCCAGAGGCCGCCCUGAGCAUCGUGGAGUCCGACGGCAUCGGCCUGGCUCUGCGCGCCGUCGCGGAGUACCCGGACGAGGGCGUGGGCGACGCCGCUUGCAAGCUGAUUGCGGCAUUGCGGCGCGCCGCGGAGGCAGAGGCCGCGCAGGCCAGUGGUGAGGACUCCGCCGCAGACGGGGGUUCCCACGUCCAGGAGAAGAGGCUCCACGGCGUCGCCUUCUGCGCCAAGGUGCUCAAGGAGCAGUUCGAAAAGGCGCCGGCCCCCAACAAGGCCGUGGUCCAGGCUCUCCUGGGGGCCUUCGCCGCCUUCGUCGAGGAUGCUUCGAUCGCGGCAAGAGCGCUGAUCCUGCUUCCCACCGCGGUGCAGUGCAUGGCCCGCUUCCCCGGCCAGGUGAAGGUGCAGCAGCCCGGGGUGGCCAUCCUCAGGCAGAUGCUGGACGCCGCCGCGCGCCACGUCCCCGACGACCAGGUCAAGCUCGGGCCGUGCAUGGCCCUGGUGAUCGCGGCGAUGCGGGACCUGCCCACGAACACCGAGGUCCAGCGCAGCGCCUUGGGCGUGCUCGCGGGCAUCUCCCAAGACGACAAUGGGCUCAAGACGCUCGCCGUCCGCGCCGGCGGCAUCUCGGCCGCCAUCGAGGCCAUGAAGCGGUUCCCGCAGGACCCAGACCUGCAGUCUGGUGGCCUCGGUGCUCUCACCCGCCUGUGUGACACGCUCGGGCGGGCCUCCACGUGCCAGAAGGCCGGGGGCAUGGAGGUUGUCGUUGCCGCCGUGCGCCGGCACGCCAGCUUCGGGCGCAUUGCCGAGAUGGGCUGCGUGCUGCUGUGUAUGUUCUGCGACGACGCGCAGCUGCGGCAGCAGGUGCUGCUGGCGGGCGCGCUGGAGGUGGCCAAGUCGUUGCUGCGCACCGAGAUCCCGGAGGCGAGGCACUGGGGACACGAGCUGUUCCGGGACCUGUCCAGCAUCGCAGGUCCCCGCCCGCGCUGAGCGCCAGGAUUCUCACGUUGUCCUCGUCUUGUCGACGAAGGAAAAUCAGCGUAAGCAUACAUGUUUGUUGUUGCUGAACCCCUGUCGGCCUCUCCUCCUCCUGCACCUCUCUCUGUACUCCUUUGUGCGCCGCCUUAUCGGUUCACAAGGGCCCUUGAGCUAUCAUGGCGCGCCGGUGAAGCGGUGAUGGACGUGCCCACGCCUCCGUGAAAAAGAG